UAGUUGCGAGGACUGCCUGCGGCGGCAGCAGCAGCGCCUUAUCCCUUUAGCCAUUAUGUCCUUAGGAGUGUGCCAGCCGACAGGGUAGCAGCGCUGUUAGAGGCAGGCAGACGGGCAAGCUUACUUAGUCUCUUUCCCCGGAUCGAAGGCAGCAGGACCUUUCCCACCAUUUACGUCUACGUUUCACGUUGUCUCGUCUAACUAAUGGCUGCCGCGAAUGCCACUGCAGCAUUGUCGGCAUUGGAGCGGCGAUCGAAGGAGCGCACCAGUCGACGGCAUCGAUUGCCGUUGAUUGCUUAUGCUGUUAUACUACAGAUCGACAUCGAAUUGUUGUCAUCGUGAGACAAGAGAACCUCGUCUUGCCGCAAGCCCGUGAAGCGGAACUUGUUUGAGCUCUGGGUGCCUGUGUGACGUUUGCUGUUGAUGUCUGUCCCUUCGUUCCCUCCGUUCCUUAAAGUCAGUCAGGCGGUGUCGCGGUUGUUGGUAACCAGCAAAUAACGAAGAAGUCAAGCUACCUAGUCAUAAUUCUACAUAAAUCUGUAGCCCAGUUAGUAGUCGAAGCGUACUCGAACUCGAAACUCGUAUGAAAAUUUAGCACUCGAUGAAUAAACAGCAAAAGUUAAUGCGGCCUUUGUCCACCGACGAUAAUUUCCAAACGUUGUCAACUACCACCUGACCAAUGAAAGAAUCUGAACAGCCCUAAAAAGUGUGACAUAGGUGUGACAAAAUAAAAACCUUAUUUCAGCUUAUAAUCAAUCAAUAAAACCGACGGUUUUCACUGCUUAAGCGUAAAAGUGUCAGGUUUGAAAGAUCAGGGUAAACCUAAUAGAAUAUUCAACAAAAGACCAGUAUUAAACAUUACCCUAAUAUUAAGCUUCGUUUGUAUUAUUGAAUUGCUGAAAUCCAAAAGAUACCUUACGUUCACCUGUCUCCGCUGCGCAACUUGCACGCAUGUCAAGUCAGCCUAUAUCUCGACAGCUGAAGAUCAUCAGCAGCGUCGCAGAACACGAAGUCGCCAUAUACCAAAAUCCAUUUACAGAUAUUAGAUGCUGUGUGCGUACAUUCACUACCGGUGGCGCCAAAGACAACUUGUUUCUCACAAAUUAUCACCAGUAAGUUCAGAGACUGGACUAAAGGGAAACAGCAAGCGAAAUAAGUGACUGAAGAAGCUGGAGCUUUGGAAGGCCACCCAUCAAGGAUUUAGCCGUGCAUUUCGUUAUCCUAGCGCCGUACCCGCUUUGCUUCGUCGAAAGUUUACAUUCAACAACAAUCUUAUUGCACGGUAGCCCGAGAUGUUUCAAAGAGAAAACUCGGCCGGUUAUUAAUUCCAAGGACAGAUGAUUACGUGCUGUGGCAACGUUACUCCGCAACCGGGGCAACGCAAUGGGUAAGACUUCGUCGCUGAUUGCAAGCAAGAUGCCCCGGCCCUUGACAGCCCAGUCUAACAACGAGCUGCAGAUGCGACUUCGGGCCCAAAGCCAACUACUUCACGUAAAAGAUGUGCUCGAGAAAAUCCGUUUACUCUGCCUACAACGGGGUGCUAGUGGCAUCCUCGGGCUAAGACGAAUGUUCCUGCGAAUGGAUGAUAACAACUCGGGCGAUUUGUCUCGAGACGAGUUCGCCAAAGGACUUGAUGACAGCGGACUUCGUGAGCAGCUCUCGGAUGACGAAGCUCGUGAACUGUUUGAUAUCUUCGAUUCAGAUCACUCCGGAACUCUUAGCUUCGACGAAUUUCUCAAACGCAUACGACCCCCGCUAAAUGCGACUCGAAUCUCAGUUAUUGAAAAGGCUUUCAAGAAGAUGGAUAAAACAGGCGACGGAGUCGUGACGUACGAAGAUGUCAAAGGCACCUACAAUGUCAAGGCUCAUCCAGAUUAUCAGAACGGCACAAAGACAGAGAGAGAGAUCCUUACGAAGUUCUUGAACGUAUUUGAGCAGGGCGGUAUACAGGACGGAAAGGUGACAUGGGACGAAUUCCUUGACUACUACUCUGGUGUGAGUGCCUCAAUUGAUGAAGACCUGUACUUUGAUCUAAUGAUGCGGAACGCCUGGAAGCUCUAGAAAAAAAGCCAUACAAAUAAAUAUGAUGAAGCAAAACGUAUGUCUAUAUAAAUCACUAUCCGCUGCUCUUCUUCGCCUUUCGAAUAACGAAUCGACCUUUCUUUCUUCCAUGGUCACAAAUGGAUAAGUAUCUCAGGACCGGCAGGGUAUUACUGAACCCUGUUAUUUGAAGCUGUUUCUUAUAUAUUGGUCCUUCAUGCUUACUAAAGUGUGGACGUUUCACGUUUAUAUACGCUGAUAUUAAAGCGGAAAGUGCCGAGCUGCGUGUACUUGCAAGUCUAUCGCUAAUGUUCGAUGCUGCGCAUUCGUCUCAAUGGCCAGGGUGAUGAUUUGUAAUUUAAUGUUCGAUUUGGUACAACUUUUGAACUACAAAUGAAAGGUUUUUAAAGGUUGAAGAAAAGAUUCAAGUACGAAUUUUCCAGUCCAGACAUUCGGUCAAACAAAUUCUAAGGCAUCCUAAUUUGAUUCUUAUACCAGAACGUUUUAUGAGAUAGUUUAAUUGGAAAUAUGAAAUUCUAUUGAUUCAUUCGAGUUGAACUUUUAAGUUACAAUUAGAAUAACAUGGAGUUGCUAUUAAGUAAAAAAGAAGUAACAAAAGGAAACUAAAUUCUAAGCAAUUUAUUUACCGAGUACUUAUAAAUUUUCUAAGUUAAAUGUGCUGCUAUCAGAUAUCCUAAAAGACUAAGUGAGAAAAAAAAUUGCUUGGGGUGUGUUAUUGAUAUUGAAAAGACUAACUAAUUAGAUAUUUAGAUUGGUCCGUUUUUUUUUUAAAUGUUGCCAGCGCAGUACCAUACUUUUUGUCAAGCAUAUCAUCAAAAGUGAAUUAAUUUAACAAAUAUAUGCAGUUAAUUUGGCAUUGACUCUCUGCAUACGCUUAUUUAGGGUCUAUGCGUUGUGGGUCCCAGCCAUCGUAAUUACUAGAUCAUUUCUAACCUUUCUCGCAAUGUAGGUUUUCUCUUAUGGUAUCCUUGAGAGAUAGCCACCUUAAAGCAAACACGUCUGCAACUGUAGAAUCGGCGCAAGCUUAUUAUGUGGAUCGUUCAAAGAAAACGAAGGGAUCAAGAUUAUAAAAAGGAUAACGAGAAGGAAAAUAGCGAUAAUAUGGGUCACAGCCAUGGCUGUUGAGGUAAGACAUUAUCCUGUGAGAGUGACACCAUAACUUCGGUUCCAUUCUGUUAAUCAUAAAGCGCCGCUUCUUGCUCUGCUUCAAAUAAAAGUAUAACUUAGGUACUGCUUGUGAUCACACUUCUGUGUGACAAAACAUAAUUUUGGCCAAAGAUCUAUUUUCUUUUUCUAAAGUCCUCUUUCCUAUUAAAGUGACUAUAUGAUACGAGAAAUAAAGCACUGUCUAUAUACGCGA